AUGGAUAAGUAUCCUUUGGUUCUUCAGAACUCAUGGGUCUAUGGCUCAGUAAUUUCCUCAAUUGAUAUUGGAAAAACAUACUUUGAUCCUGUAUUGGUUAAAAACUUUGUUAAAGAUAACAAAACAGUCGAUGAAAAAACGCCGAUUCUCAGAAUCUUUCAAUUUCUUAAAAUCACCAAAGAUGAUGGAAUGUCAGCUAUUUUGAAUGACAGUAGCCAUAAGAUACUAUGUAAGUUUACAUAUAAAUGCUGCAAAGAAUUUGAAAGGAUAUAUAGACAAAGAAUCACUUUUCAAACUUUACAUUGUUUACUUCUAAUCAACACAGCACAUUUGAGAUUUAUAGAUAAAUCCGACUUGAACAGGGACUUUGAUACUUUCAAUGUCAAUUUUGAUGUUAUAGUACUUGAAGUCAAUGAUUGCACGAUAUUUAAUCACGACAGGACAGAUUUACCAUUAAGUGUUGAGAAAUCUUUGAAAUUCAUUUAUGACGAAUCCCCUUAUAAAACUGCAUGUGGGCCCAGGCAUAUCAAUGACGAAGAUAAUUACUCUGAUGAUGAUGAAAUUAAAUCCUUAUAG